AGGAGAACCUCUCCUCCGGUCGCCUUCACAGCACCUCCCAAUUCCGGACUCGGAGUGAUGAUCGAGCCCGAGUCCCACCAUCAGAACCAGCAUCAUUCCUCCGCACCCAGAGGCGCGCAGCAGGGCCCGGACAUGGCCGUGUACUGCGAUUCCCUGAGCGGCAUGUACCACCACCACCACCACCACCACCACCACCACCAGCAGCAGCAGCAGCAGCAGCAGCCGCCUCAGAGCCUCCAGAACCCCGCUCACCGAGCCGCCGGCUUCGGCCUGCACGGCGAGUUCGCCUCCCCGCCCAGCCCGUACCUGUGGGGCGUCAACCCCGCACCACCGGCGGCGGCGGCGGCGGCGCCUUACCUGCACGCCGGCAGCCCCUCGGCGCCCUUCGGCCCGCCCUCGUACGGCUCCCCGCGGCCGUUCCUGGCCGCCGGCUCGCCGGCCUUCGGCGGCCCGGAGCUAGGCUGGCUGUCGGUGGCCAGCCAGGAGGAUCUGCUGAAGCUGGUGCGGCCGCCGUACUCGUACUCGGCGCUGAUCGCCAUGGCCAUCCAGAACGCGCACGACAAGAAGCUGACGCUCAGCCAGAUCUACGCCUACGUGGCUGACAACUUCCCCUUCUACAAGAAGAGCAAGGCCGGCUGGCAAAACUCCAUCCGCCACAACCUGUCGCUCAACGACUGCUUCAAGAAGGUGCCGCGCGACGAGGACGACCCCGGCAAAGGAAACUAUUGGACGCUGGACCCCAACUGCGAGAAGAUGUUUGACAACGGAAACUUCCGGCGAAAAAGGAAGCGAAGGUCUGACCCGGCGCCAGUGGCGGGGGCCACCAAGAUGGAGGACGGCGCGCGGGCCCCGACGCCCAAACCCGCCGACAACUCCCAGCUCUCGCCCUCGGACACGGACGCCCUGAGCGACAACCUCAAGACGGCGUCGCCGUCGUCGUGCUUCAGCAACUUUUACAGCAGCAUGUCCUCUCUGGGGGGCCCGGCGGCAGCCUCCGGGGGGAGACAGGCGGGGCCCCUGGGCCUGCUCGACGAGCUGUCCAGCAGGAACAUUGGCGCUCUGCAGGGCCCCUACCACGCGGGCGGCCAGCAGGACUCGGCGGGGUCGGAGCACGGCGGCGAUGGUCUGCACUUCAACCGCGGCGUGUACUACAACGCCUUUGGCGGGGGGCAGGGCGGACAGUUCAACAGCCACCUGUACAACAGCUUCAGCGUCAACAGCCUCAUUUACCCCCGAGACGGGGCCGAGCUAUAG